CUCUGCCGGUGAGCGGGCUGCCGGCACUGGGACCAUGAUGUGCGAGGUGAUGCCCACCAUCAGCGAGGACGGCCUCCAGCAGAGAGGCGCCCAGAACGGUGCGGAGGAUGCCAAUUUCGAGCAGCUGAUGGUGGACAUGCUGGACGAGCGGGACAAGCUGCUGGAGACGCUGAGGGAGAGCCAGGAGACCCUGUGCCUGUCCCAGGCCAAGAUGCAGGAGGUGACGCACGAGAGGGACCUGCUGCAGCGCCAGCUGAACUCCGCUUUACCUCAGAAACAUAACAACAGUCGGAGGGACUCCAGGAAUGAAACUCCAGAGAACGGGACAAAAUGGCGAUGGCAUCACCAUCCCGGGCAGCAACGGUACACAAGCGAAGGCCUCCCUGUACAUGGACGACGAUGUCACCGUCUUUUGCUCAGACCAAAGAUCGGUCAUGAGCUGGUGGGCACCUGCGACCAUUUUGAACAGGUGGGUGCCAAGGUCAACCACCAGAAAAGCGAAGUGAUGUACAUCGGCAACUGCCAAGACUGCAGAUGCAUCCCAUUUGGGGUGAAGCCAGACAACAUCAAGAUCCUCUGCACCUGGUUUUGGGCAGUUGGGGCAGCCAGAAUAUCUGGGAGGAGCGUCUAGGUCUAGUGAGGAAGACACUGGGGAUGUGGCUGCAGCACUUGCUGUCCAUCAUUGGAAAAAACCUGGUGAUCAGGUGUGAGGGGCUCUGGGUGCUGGUGAUCAGGUGUGAGGGGCUCUGGGUGCUGGUGAUCAGGUGUGAAGGGCUCUGGGUGCUGGUGAUCAGGUGUGAGGGGCUCUGGGUGCUGGUGAUCAGGUGUGAGGGGCUCUGGGUGCUGGUGAUCAGGUGUGAGGGGCUCUGGGUGCUGUUGUAUGUGGUGCAGGUCUGGCCUUUGACCAGGACCAGCGCCGUUGGAGUCACCAGAGCAGUUUUCCACCUGAUCGGGGGUCCAAGAUGAAUCGUGUCUGCAAACCAACGCUGUACAAGACUUUGGAUAAGGGUGGCAAAGGCUUCCCUGACGUGACCCUGUCUUCAUGGCCACCUUUGUGAGCGGCUGCCUGAGGCUGUGCCUGGAGCCUUGCUACACCAGCACCAAAUGCUGCUACGUGCUGGGCUUCUACCUGUACCUGGUGUUGAGAAGGGUGAACUGCCUUGGAAUGCUCCAUCCAGUUGGAGCGUGCCAAAACACUUGUCCUUUGUAAGAAAUUCCUGACUUGCGUCAUCCCAGACUCCGCGUGAUCACCAAGUAGUCUGCGCAGCCGGUCGUGGAAACCGUCAGAAAGGGGGAGAGGGUAGCCCUGAUCGGGCGGACCCUGCGGCGACUGGCAGCCAGGCUGGCAGAACACCUCGUCGCUGGCCCUGUCCAACAACCAUCAGGACACGGCCUGGCAGGCGAUGAGAAGGGCCUCCCUAUCAGGACAUUCAGGCACAAUCGAGAACUGGGCCAGUCAACACGCUGCCCUUGGGCCGGCUGCAGAGGUGAGGAGACCAUGGACCAUCUCUUCCUGGAGUGUUGUUACGCGAAGGCAGUUUGGAAACAGAUGGACUGGCUGCUCUCGUGGUUCAUCCGUGGGGACCCACUUUCAUGGCACUCGGUGCUGUAUGGGCUCUUCCCAGGGAUACGUGGUGAGACCCAUGUCGAGUGCACCUCGAGGAUCAUCAGCUUGGUGAACGAGGACCUUUGGCUCCCGAAACAUAAUGGUCUGGUCUCCUGGCCGGAUGAGGUGUCGGAGGCUCAGGCUCACGUCCGCUGGGAUCAGAAGCUAUGUGCUGAGGGACACGCUGAAGUUCAGCUCAGCCCUAGUAAAGGCCAGAUGGGGCCUGAUCCAGCUGGAGCCGAUCCUGUGCUAGCCCCACUCACAUCGGCUUCACAUCCCCAAGCGCCAGGGUCUGUACCAGAGGGAGGUGGACAUUAGGGUACACUCACCAGG